GCUAAUACACCUGAAAUAUUGAUUUAUGAUUACCCGCCAAAAAAAAAAUAAUAAUAAAAUUUCGUAUUCUCGUACGUAUAUAAAUACCAAAACAGAUCAAGAAUGUCAUCAAAGAUUUUAUACGUAAAUAAUCCAUGCUAGUGGUGUGAUUGAUUUCAGUGUGUAAAUGAUGGAAAUGGAAAAGGUUAAGUUCAGAUUAUGUUCUUCUUCAACUCGAGCUCCAAGAAUUGAAAGAAAAAUUUCUGAGAAGAACAGAAGAAAUCGGAUGAAGAUUCUCUACUCUAACCUCUUCGGUCUCCUUCCAAAUCAUGGCCUCAAGCAAGCAAUGCCAUUACCUGAUCAAAUAGACGAAGUAGUGACGUAUAUCGAAAGUUUAAAGAUGAAGCUGGAGAAGAUGAAGGAGACGAGGGUAUCCUUGUUACCAAGGAAAAUAUCAAAUUCUUGCAUCAUUACAAAUGAAAUUCAAGCCAACACACAGUCUCCACCACCUUUAGUAGAAGUUCAAGACAUGGGACCAAAUAUGGAUGUCAUUUUAGUUACUGGGCUCGAUCAUUUUUCAAUGUUUUAUAACAUACUUCACUUGCUUCAUGAAGAUAGUAUUGAAGUUGUCAAUGCAACUUUUUCUGUGCAUGGAAAUUCCUCCUUCCAAAUCGUCCAUGACAAGAUUUUGAAAUCAAGUAUGGGAUUUGGAGCUACAACAAUGAAAAGAAGGAUAAAUGAUUUGAUUCGUGGAUACGCAUGCAGUGAAGUAGAAUCAAAUUAUGAUUUAUGGGAUUAUGAAAUCCAAACUGAUAUUUGGGGAUUCAAUGCUGCAGAAGUGACAAAUGCUUAUAGCAGUUUCGUCUAUUGUUAAGGGGUUUUAAAAUUAAACUGAUCAUAUAAUAUAUUGAGAUUGUAUCAGACAUCAUCAAUGUUUUAAGA